UCUGUAGCCGCUCAGGAUAGGUAUCGGUGAUAUUUUCAUUAAUAUUUAAAUUAAUAGUAAUGCCGUUGCGCUAAUUCGUGUCAUACGCGUUAUAUUUAGUGAUCAAUACAUGUGAAAAUGUUUAGAUGAUCGUCAUUAUAAUAGCGAGUGAAUCUUAGUGAGUGAACCGAUUCAGAAUAUAUUGAAGAAUCCAUCAUGGACAACGAGCAACCGCAUCAAGAGCUGGUAAAAUGCGUGGUAGUGGGAGAUACCGCGGUUGGCAAGACGAGGCUGAUCUGCGCACGCGCAUGCAAUAAGCACGUUUCGCUGUCGCAACUUAUGACCACCCAUGUGCCAACUGUAUGGGCGAUUGAUCAGUAUCGGAUUUACAAGGACGUAUUGGAACGAUCAUGGGAAGUAGUUGACGGCGUCAACGUUUCACUCAGAUUAUGGGACACCUUUGGCGAUCACGAGAAAGACAGGAGAUUCGCUUAUGGAAGAUCUGAUGUUGUUUUGUUAUGCUUUUCAAUUACGAAUCCAAUAUCAUUGAGAAAUUGUGGUGCGAUGUGGUAUCCGGAAAUAAGGAGAUUCUGCCCAAACACACCGAUAUUACUCGUUGGUUGUAAGAACGAUCUAAGAUAUAUGUACAGAGAUGAAACUUAUUUGAAUUAUUGCAAGGAUCGAAGCCCAUUUAUCAGGGCUCCAAGGAAAAGCGAUCUGGUGAUGCCAGAUCAAGGUCGUGCUUUGGCCCACGAAUUCGGAAUCUACUAUUACGAAACAUCAGUGUUCACGUACUACGGUGUUAAUGAAGUGUUUGAAAACGCAAUACGAGCGGCUUUGAUUGCAAGACGACAGCAGAGGUUUUGGAUGACGAAUUUGAAAAGAGUACAAAGACCAUUGCUUCAGGCUCCAUUCAGACCACCCAGACCUCUAGAGCCAGAAGUGGUUAUUGCAAAUAGCGUUCUUUUGGAAAAUAUGACGACGCUUUUGAGGCAACAGUAUUUCUCGGACAUGGUGAUAAUUUGCGGUGCCAAAGGAUUUCCGGUACAUCGAUUCGUAAUGGCCGCUGCUUGUGAAGCUUUCCAUCGUCUCCUUACAACCGAUUGUGUCAGCUUAUCCGCGGAACUUGCAAGAAGCUCCAGUGAGAGUAGUAUGGUAAGCAGCAUGGGAGAAGCAACGACUGGCGAGUUUAACGAAGACACCGAAUACUUAAUAAGACAAGAUCAAGCGAAACAGAUGAGAGUAUGGGAUCAAAUCAAACGUCGAUCGUCUUGUCAGAUUCUACCCCUCAGUGAUAAUUGCAAGAAACCGCCGGACUUAUAUAGAGAAGUGAAUCAUCCAGCCAUUAUUUCUAUAAGAGUUGUGAAGUGCGACAAGAUCCAACAUGCGACGUCACAGACACAAACAAUAGUGACGAUGAGUAAACUAAUAUCGCAGAUCGUGAUGCAGGAGAUAAUAAACUUUGUUUACACGGGCGUGAUUGAAAGCGGAGCGUUUAAACAGCAGGAAAUCCGUCAAGCGGCAGAGCUCCUCGGAUUCCACGAGCUGACGAAACUCAGCCAGUUCAUACUUGACCAGCAUUUGCUCUUCGAUAAGGGUUUUAUGCACCAGUUUCAUACACCAUUACCGACGAGACUCCGCGAUAUGUGCGUGGAGCAAAACUUGUUUGCGGAUGUAACCUUUGAUCUAGAUGACGGGAUACAUUUAGCUCACAGGGCGAUGCUCAUGGCGAGGUGUGAUCCUAUGAAAGCGAUGUUUCAAGGACAUUUCAGGGAGAGCACUUCAAGAGUGAUAUCUUUCCCAGGCGUAAAAAUGUAUGCGUUUCACAUACUCCUUUGCUACAUUUAUUCCGACAAGAUACCAACCGUCGAACCUACGAGAUGUCUCGAGUUGUUGGAGCUGGCGAACAGACUAUGUAUGAAUAGAUUAGUCAACCUCGUCGAGGCUAGGGUUAUAGAUCAACUACAGCACCAGGAUAGACUCGGAGAAGACGACCAGGUUGUGGAAAUCGCACUUUCAUUGCUUGAGUCUGUUAAGUUGCACAACGCACACAACCUGUCGGAGUGGUGCACGUGGCGCCUGUGCGGCGCGUACGACCGCGUGUGCCGCGCCAGGCACCUCAGCGUGUCGUCCAGGGAGUACUUGGCCGACAAUCGCUGGCCGCCUGUCUGGUAUGUUAAAGAAUUCGACUACUACCAGAAAUGCGUUACGGAACAGUCAAAGGAACAAAAAGAAAUCCGACCGACGACAUCAUUACAGGCCAAUCAGCAGACUGGCUGUUUAUGUUUUUCCAGUAAAGUGCGUCGCGAGAGCGGUCCGGCGGACGCCACGACCGCACUGUGCCGUACCGACCCGCAGCAGCCGCCGCUCUGACACCUGCCUUACUGGAGAUCGCUCCGUGUCGCGGUUCUCCUACCAGUGUCCGUCUGCUUCAUGAGCACGAUAUUGACGAUUCUAAUACUUUUCCACGUUUACACUUAAACAUGUAACUUUACAUAUUAUACGAACACAAACUUGGAAUAACUAGUGCGAAAGGGUCACUAAAUCACAACGCAAACUGUCAGAUAAAAAAAAUCGUCUAUGCCCAUUAUAUUACAUAAUCUGAAAUCCCCCUUACUAUGCUUCUAUGACUAUACCAACUACGAUAUUCUUAUACUACGAGUACAAUACUUCAAUACAUAAUAAACAUUCACAAUACGAAAUCGAUUUAUGAAUUAUGUGGAAUUAAUUUAUGGUGUGACAAAAAUUUUCUAAGGUU